GAAUACUACCCCAGAGCCGAAAUUUAAAAGUAUUAAAAAUAAAAAGAUUAUGCUUUCAUAGCCUUGUUUAUUUAAGUGUUAAAUUCUAUUUUAAUGUUCUUGGAAAUGGGUGUAAAUAAUAAAUAUGCUUUGAGAAAAUCAAAUUAAAAAUUUGUUUCAAGUCUACCAAAUUUCCGAACGUGGUUCAGAGUUAAGUGUUGGAUGUUGGUACUACCUGCUAGAAAAAUCUGAAAAAUGUCAUCUGUCACUUGUCGUAAAAUCGAAUGAAAAAAAUUUUAAAUUAAAAAUAUUUAACCAAUGUUAUGAAACAAUAAAUUAAAUACACAACAGCUUCUUAUUUUUUUAUCAGAAUAUAAAAUAUCAUGUUGAAUAAUUAAUUUACCCUAUACUUAUUACGUAAUCUUUUAAUUAAAUUAAAAUGGUUCAAAAAGUUGCAGCAGGUUUUGUGAUAUUUAGAAGGAUUUCUACUGUAGUAGAAUAUCUUUUGUUACAAACAUCUUACGGAAUCAACCAUUGGACUCCCCCAAAAGGUCACGUAGAUCCAGGCGAGACCGAACUUAUGACUACAGCCCUAAGAGAAACUGAAGAAGAGUCGGGUUUGUUAAAAACCGACUUAAAAAUCUAUGAAGAUACGAAAAAAAAGUUAGUUUACAACGUGAAGGGAAAACCUAAAGAGGUGUAUUACUUUUUAGCGGAACUGGUUAAUCCUAAAGCGGAUGUUAAAUUGUCAGAUGAACACCAGGACUUCAAAUGGUUACCAAUUCAAGAAGCCUGUGCUUUGGCAGGGUACCAAGAAAUGCAAGAUACAUUAAAAGAAUUUGAUCAGUACAUUAAAAAUAAUUUAGGCAAAUGUAGCGGUGCAUGUGCAUAAAUGAAUUGUUGAUUAGAUACCAUUUCUAAUAAAAAAUUAAUACUAACUUUUCCUUGUUCAACUUUCUUCUUAGAAAUGAAAAAACAAAAGGCUUCUUUUAUUUUGUUAAUGUGAAUUUUACUUAAAGCAUAUGUGUUACUACCACAAUUCUGGAGCACUCAAGUUUUUCACAAAAAAGUUAUCUUAUAUCCCUUUCA